AUGGUUCAGGUAAUGCUGGUAGGAAAUGUUUUAGGUGGGCAUGUGCUUAUUUGGCCAACAGAAGCCAGCCAUUGGCUAAAUAUUAAAAUCAUCAUUCAGGAACUGAUAGACAGAGAUCACCAUGUCACCAUCCUGGUUUCAACAGCAUCUCUCUUCAUCACAUCUGGAGAUAUUUCAGCUGCCAAGUUUGAGGUGUAUCCUGUGCCCUUUACGAAGGUAGACUUUGAUUCUUUGAUCAUGGAUAUUAUAAAGUUGUGGUGGAAUAACAAACCAACUAUUUCAACCUUUCACAGGUUUUAUCAAGGGUUAGGGAAACUGAUGGAGAAAGCAAAUAAAUUCAACAGGCAAAUGUGCGAAGCAGUUCUGUCUAAUCAAGAACUCAUGUCUAAGCUAAAGAAGGCAGAAUAUGAUGUUCUCAUUUCUGAUCCUGUGACGCUAUGUGGUGAUCUAAUUGCUUUGAAGCUUGACAUCCCAUUCUUGUACACACUGAGGUUCACUCCAGCCUCAACAGUGGAGAGACAUUGUGGAAAAAUGCCUGCCCCUCCCUCUUAUGUUCCAGCUGCCUUAUCUGAGCUCACAGACAGAUUGUCAUUUGGAGAAAGGAUAAAAAAUAUGAUCACUUACCACAUUCAAGACUAUGUUUUCCAGAAAUACUGGGGGAUAUGGGAUUCCUAUUACAGUCAGGUUUUGGGUAAACCCACAACUCUGUGUGAAACAAUGGGUAAAGCAGAAAUAUGGUUGAUCCGAACCUACUGGGAUUUUGAAUUCCCACGGCCCUUUCUACCAAACUUUGAAUUUGUUGGAGGUCUGCACUGCCAGCCAGCCAAGCCUUUGCCUGAGGAAAUGGAAGAAUUUGUACAGAGUUCAGGUGAACAUGGUAUUGUAGUACUUUCCCUUGGUUCAAUGGUUCAAAACUUAACAGAUGAAAAAAAUAAUAUAAUUGCAUCAGCACUCAGCCAGCUUCCGCAGAAGGUUGUUUGGCGGUACAAAGGGAAAAAGCCAGACAUGCUUGGAGCCAAUACGAGGACAUAUGAUUGGAUACCACAAAAUGAUCUUCUUGGCCACCCAAAGACCAAAGCCUUUAUAACACAUGGUGGAACAAAUGGGAUUUAUGAAGCUAUUUACCAUGGGACUCCCAUGGUAGGGAUACCCCUGUUUGCAGACCAGACUGAUAAUAUUCUCCACAUGAAGGCAAAAGGAAUGGCUGUGGAACUGGACAUCCACACAAUGAAAACAGAAGAUUUAGUAGAUGCUGUGAACACUGUCAUUCACAAUGCUCUUUUUAAGAAAAAUGCGCUAAGAAUAUCACAGAUCCAUCAUGAUCAACCAAUAAGACCACUGGACCGGGCUGUCUUUUGGAUUGAAUUUGUCAUGCGUCACAAGGGUGCCAAGCACUUGCGAUCAGCUGCCUAUCACUUGACUUGGUACCAGUAUCACUGUCUGGACGUCAUAGCUUUCUUGAUUGGUUGCACAGUAGCUUUUGCAUUCAUAGCUUUUAAAUGCUGGUCAUACUGCUUUUGGAAAUGUGGCAACAUGUUACAAAAAUCAAAAACAGAUUAAUUUUUCUGGGACUCAACCUCCAGCACAUGAUUUUCAUAGUUUAUGCUCAUUCCUAGUACACUGAGAUUUAUGUAAACUGCUUCCAUAUAAUUAGGUUCCAUUCAUAAGAUUA